AUGCCGCCGAGUUUGAAGAAUAAAGGUGGACGCCUCUUGGCUUUUGCCAAUGCUGGCCCGAGAACAAACGAGACUCAACCAGCAGAAGUCAAGUCCACGAGCGUAGAGCCACCUCAAAACAUUGCUCCAGUUCCUAUGCCUCGACCUGCCAGCUAUCCGCGGGAGAUUACAGGACUCGGUGGUAGAAACACUGCGCCCCCAAGACAAACACAUCCUUUCAGUCAACCACCACAUCAUUCACCACAAAUCUCGGUGGUAUCUUCGCCUAAUAGCCGGGCCAAAGCGAAUUCGAGUGACCGCCGACCAGACAUUUUUUCCGGCUCCCAACUUGACGAAAACUUUAUGGAAUCCGGUCUCACAACACCACGCAACGAGCCCGCUGAACCUGUUAAGCUCGGGCCGGAGUUGACUCGCGAUCUUAAGAUGACCAUCCCGUCACACCGUCUCCCUGAUCGCAAUCAGUUCCAGCGACCUGCGCCAACAAGUGAUUUGUUUACCGUCGGAGACGAUCUUCGCAUGAAUGUGGUCAGUCGACCUCAGCGGCACGAUGUCAACCACAUGGGCGAUGGUUUCCAGGAUAAUGUAACUGUUGGACACAGAAAACCCAAUGGUCAUUACGAGCAUGGGCGAACUCGGCCCGACUCACCAGCACGGCACGAGCCCAAGCAUCCUGUACGUGAAGUGAGGAUUCGAAAGUCACAUACUGGCCGAUCAGAAGUCUACGACGCGAAUCAGAUUAGAAAUUCAUCCCCAAAGCGUCGCAAUAUUCAAUGGCAGGCAGAUCACAUGAACGGGACCUCUCGUGCACCUGCUGUGCAUCACUUGGAUGACGAAGAUGACGAAUCUCUGUCCCAGGAGGAGGAACAUACAACGCCUAGGCCUACAGCAGCUAAGCCAGUGAUGCCGCGAACUCUCCUGGAGAGCUCUAUGCCAGCUGUUACGCAUCCGGUUCCAAACAGAAACCGAUCGGACAGGAAGAGACGCCGUCCGAGCCCAGAAUAUGACGAUAUUGCUCUCAACUCAAUGUCAUUCACCGCCCUUCGACAGCAGCCUUUUGACUUUGAUCCUUCCAAAGAAGAGCAGAAGGGUACCGGAGUCAAUCCUGACAAUGUGGAUGCUAAACUUGACCAAUUUCGUCAUCUCGGAGAGAAGGAACAACAUGAUCUAUUCUCCAACAUGGCAAUGGAGAACUGGGAAACAUCUGGCGAAUGGUUCGUCAGUGAGUUCAGUGGUAUCAUGCAGCGGUUAAUGGAAGCGAGGAGAAAUAAGCGUAGGAUAAUUCAGGAUUUCGAGCAAGAAGCGGCCAAUCGCGAGGAAGCUGUCCGUCUCAAGACACAGUCUAUUGACCGAAAGCUCUCUAAGAUGAAGCAGGAUGGUCAACGAGUGGUGGAGGAUAAGAUCGCAUAG